AUGGCUUUGAAUGAAGGUGUCGAGUCUGUUACCAAUUUGGACAUAAACGAAAAAGCUGGUUUCGCUAUGCAAUACGAAUUCAAUCAGAGGUACAGUGACAAAAAUAAAGUGAAAUUCAUAAAGUGUGAUAUAACCAGUGAACACCGACAGAUUGAAAUUUUUCAAAACCUUCUGAAUGAUAGGACAAAGACUUACGUAGUGGUCAACAAUGCUGGCUUAAUUGACCAACGGCCAGAUAUGAGCAAAGAAGUUGUUGAUUGUAAUGUGGAUGCUUUAGUCACCAGUACUUUAAAGGCCUUGGAUCUAAUGCGCAAAGAUGAGGGUGGCAGCGGUGGUGCAAUUAUUAACCUCUCCCCUGUCUCUGUCCUGUGUCAUUUGCCAUAUACUAGAUGCUACAAUGACAAUAAAAAAUGUUUUUUGACUUUCAAUAUGAGUCUUGGCAAUGAAGCAUUUUUCCCGAGGACUGGUGUUCGUGUAAUGUCCGUGUGUUACGGUGCGUCUGAUGAAGGUCUUAUUCCCAUCGUCCAUGCUAAAAACAAGGAAGAAAUCGAAAAUACACUGGGGACUGAGAAAAGCUUACAAAUGAGAAAAAAAGCAGCCGCGGAAGCUGUCAUUGAAAUAUACAAAACCGGCAAGAGCGGUAGUAUUUGGCUCUCAAAAGAGAUGAAGCCAGUUGAAGACAUAACAUACUUCGUCAAAAAUACGUACAGUGAUAUAAUAUACUAA